CUCUACACGGUGCUGCUUGUCGUCUCUUUCCCUCUACCGUCCAUACUUCUGCAAAGAGUCCACUGCUCAGUCAUCUGAACAUUGAUUCAGCCAUGGCAAAGACCACUACCCUCAAAGAAUUCGAGUCGGUGUUCCCCAAGCUGGUUGAGGAUUUGCUCGACCAUGCCAAGCACUACAAGCUUCCCGAGGAGUUUGUGAACUGGUAUAAGGCUUCUCUUAAUGCCAAUACCAUCGGUGGGAAGUGCAACCGAGGGAUGUCGGUUCCUGACUCUGUUUCCAUGCUUCUAGAGGCUCCCUUGUCCGAAGAGCAAUACUUCCAGGCUGCUACCUUGGGAUGGAUGACAGAACUUCUUCAGGCCUUCUUCCUGGUGUCGGAUGACAUUAUGGACAGCAGCAUCACCCGUCGUGGCGCACCGUGCUGGUACCGACAGCCCCAAGUUGGAAUGAUCGCUAUCAACGAUGCCUUCAUGCUGGAGUCUGCGAUCUACACCCUUCUGAAGAAGUACUUUCGUUCACACCCGUCAUACAUCGACCUCGUUGAGCUGUUCCAUGAAGUCACAUUCCAAACGGAGAUUGGUCAAUUGUGCGACCUUCUCACUGCACCAGAAGACAAGAUCGAUUUGGACAACUUCUCGUUGGCCAAAUAUCAAUUCAUCGUCAUCUAUAAGACAGCAUACUACUCCUUUUAUCUCCCAGUCGCUCUCGCGCUCCACCACCAAAAUAUUGCCACACCAAAGAACCUCAAGCAAGCUGAAGAAAUCCUAAUCCCUCUUGGCGAAUACUUCCAAAUCCAGGACGACUACUUGGACAACUUCGGUCUCCCAGAGCAUAUUGGCAAGAUUGGUACUGAUAUCAUGGACAACAAAUGCUCGUGGCUUGUCAAUCAAGCUCUUGCAAUCGCCACUCCGGAACAGCGAAAGGUGCUGGAAGAUAAUUAUGGUCGCAAGGACAAAACAAAGGAGGCUGCUGUCAAGAAGUUGUUUGAUGAGUUGAAGCUCGAGCAAAUCUACAAAGACUACGAGGAGAAACGAGUUGGUGAAAUCAGAAAGAUGAUUGCUGAGGUUGACGAGUCUGAGGGCCUCAAGCGGACUGUGUUCGAGAGCUUCUUGGCCAAGAUAUACAAGCGUAGCAAGUAGAGGCCCGCCCCCAACACGGGUACGGGUUCAUGCUCGCGAAUCUUGCUCUCCCUGUGAGCUCUCAAGGAAAAUAAUCCGCCUUGCACAAUGGUGUUUAUUGGGCAUAGUUGUAAGCAUUUCAGCUCUUUGCAGGUUCCUUGCUCAUUAUGCAUAAUACCACUGUGUUUAGCUUUUCAUCCCGUACUUUCCCAAUUCAUUAAUUUUUCUGGCGGGUGACUACCUUGACCAGCGAGAGCGCUCCGCUCUGGCAGCAGCCAUUAGUAAUAUGGAAAUGAUCAGGCAUGCAUCCAUCCACAGAUGAAGAUUCAUAGUUGCUUUGAGUUCGGGGGCGUGCAACUCCAGCAACCUGAGGCACGUAUUCGAAAUACUGAGGAAUGGUAAAAUAGCUUGUGAUUGGCGAAUAUAUCCUCAUAUCCUCUCUAUCGGGUCAACAAUGGCUUACUCCGUUCAAGAAUAUGGUCGAUGGUGAGGUCCAAAGUCCUAGGUUCC